AUGUCGGAAAUAAAAGACAAAUUGGGUUUGUCGCUGAAGACGGGAAUGGGGGGCCCGCAGAGAGGAUGCUCGGCUGCCGUAGUCACCAGGGUUAAAGAGAAAAGUCACUGUCCUUUUCCCGACCACAUAAACGACCGCCCGUGGAGUGGGGGAUUGUGGGUCCAUUCUCUCGAAGCCGUGUGGCCCUUUGGCACAAGCAGCACCAGAGCCCUCAGGAGCCAUGAUGGCAUUACCGCAGAUUACCGCACUGUGUUUGGCUGUGGCGGGUGGGCUGCUGGGGGGGCUGGGGUUUCGCUUGUGGCGGCCAUGUUGGAAUGGUUGGUUUUCCCCCGCGGACAGAUGCGUUGCCAAAGCCUGUUGAGCUCCUUGUCACACUCCCCCUGCGCAGGAGUGCUGGGUCUAUCGUUGCUGGCUUGCACACGCCCCGGUUUUGCCGAUAUAAACACGUUCAGACUCACACCACUGUACUCCUACACCGGAGAGGUGGGUGAAGUGCAAAGACACAACAACUAUGCAGCCGAGAGGGGGCCGAGCAGGUGCCCCUCUCCAGCUAGGGGUCCCGCCGAUGAAGCUUCGCCAAACAAGACUCCCUUGCCCCGUGACAGCCACACGUCACUCUCCGCUUGGACCAUCUGGGCACCCUUCUCCCCGUCCUACCUGCCCAAGAUGGCGGGGGCUUCGGGGUUGGCGGCAGAUGCCAGUUCCUCCGCGUUCACCUCGUCACCCCGUUCCAUCCGUCCCCAUCACUUCUUCACCGCGCUCUCCAUUCCUGUCAUGUCGGGAAGCAGCUGGUAG